AUGGACAUACACCCUGUAUUCACUGCAAUCACCAAGUCCCCCACAGCCACGGGGGCACAAGAGGCCGCUCAUGACCAAGCACCCACGAGUGACGGCCUUGCUCCCACCUUGUAUGCGCCUUCGACCUCUGUUCCACAGCUUCCACCGAUAGUUCACCUCAUUCAUGGCAGACUGGGACGAGAGAAAGUCUACACAGUCAUAUCCCCCGACUACAAUACACCAUGCAUCAUCCUCGUCGACAUGCACUGGUACUCCUCGUCCUUCACUGUGAAGAUGUUGAAUGGAGACAGUCUCACCACUGGGGUUUUCGCAACUGCACGCGGGAAGGUCGGCACAUACUUCGGCCAAAAUUUCCUCGAAGUCACGCUACCCUCUCCUCUGCCCACUCAGACCUCAGGUACCAAGAUCAGCAUGAAAUGCCGCAUGUCUCCCUUCCAGCGUCAUUUCAUCAACUUGGACUUGGUUGUUGAAGGAGAUGAGCAUUGCUUGGAAUGGAAAAAAACUACUGACGCCGAGGCGAAGGCGCUUAGAGAGGCGUUCUAUCGGAAACUGGUUCGAAGGUCUGGCCCCAAAUCCAGCACCGGCAACUCAAGCAUGCUACCACAGGCGGGCUUCAAGAACGAUGGCGAGGAGAUUGUCGCUUUCAUGGCAGACAACAGUCGAUGGAAACCGGGCCACAGCUUCACUGUCCAUUUCAAGGCCUCCGGGCUUGAGGGCACCUUGGGCGAAAAUUAG